AUGGAGAUCCGGGGCUGUGGCCCCAAGGAGCGCCCCAUUCCCUGUCCCCACGGCGAUGGGGAGCAGGAGCCGCCCAACUCGUGGGUGUCGUGGGGCCGGCUGGCGGGGCUGGCCAUGCCGCGGGAGCCGGCGCACUACGAGUUCCUGCUGCGCCAGGGCGUGCGGCUGGUGUCGCUGACCGAGCGGGACCCCCCGCACCACGGCACCUGCCCCGGCAUCCGCCUGCACCGGCUCCGCGUGCCCGACUUCACCCCUCCGACGCCGGCGCAGAUCCGGACCUUCCUGCGCCUGGUCGAGGUGGCCAAUGCCCGCGGGGAGGCGGUGGCCGUGCACUGCAUGCUGGGGCACGGCCGCACCGGUACCAUGCUGGCGUGCUACGUGGCCGAGGAACGGCAGCUGGAGGGUGCCGAUGCCAUCCGGGAGAUCCGGCGCCUGCGGCCCGGCUCCAUCGAGACGCGGGAGCAGGAGGAAGCGUGAUCCGGUUCUGCCAGCGCCGUGGGUAGGU